UAGGAAAAAAUCUCAAAAUUUUAGUAAAAUCCACAAAAUAUUAUGUAAAUAAAAAUUUACAAAUAUAAAAAUGGAAUGUUGUUAUGACGACUGUGGAGAGUUCUCGGUGACGCCGGUGUUGAUGGCACCUUGCUACACGUCGAAAUGCUGUGAUGAACCACCUAUAUGCUACCCCUGUCUGCCGCGGUGCCACAAACCAGCCAUAGCGUACUGCGAGAAGAAAAAGUCCCGACGCCAUGACGAUGAUGACGACUGUUGCGAUGGCUGCGAUAGAAAGCGAGGACCUUCACCUCCACGUCACAAACGAGCUCCAACAAGCCAGUCGGCUACCAACUGUUGUCAUCCGCCCAAUUGCUGCCCAACUUGCUGUCAACCCACAUGCAAGCCCGUCAGAACAAAAUACGUCAUUCCGUGCUAUAGAUAUGAGGACGGACGUAUCGAACGGUAUGUUCCGACACGGUACGGUAGGCUCCCAAUGUCCGCGUACCGACGAAAUGGAAUGCAAGACCAAAUUCACGGGUAUAGGGGCGCUGUCCGCUAUUUGUGUGCGGGCGAGGGAUCACAGGGACCUUGUGUUUACACUGCCGUCGAACCCUUACGGAGACUAUAUCCUAAAGUCACUCAAGAAGUCAACCCUGUAAAAAAGAAGAAAGAUAAAAAGUGACCAAUAUUCAUUUAAAUGUCCCAUUUCUAUCAUAAAUACAUUUCUAUACGAGACACAAAAA